AUGCCUGCAUUCAAUUUGCCUGCUCUGCCUCAGCGUAAGAUCGUCAACUACUUCAAGGAGUUGGAGAUUCAGAUGACUGAACAGAAUCUCAUUAGACCCACCAGUCAGUUUGUGACCAGAUUCUACAUGGAGAUCCUCAACAUCUACGUGAACAGAAACUAUUUCAGUCAAACUGAGAAUCCAAAUGCAAUGCUGAACUUCAUCAAGGAAGUUUCUGAUUUCGUAAGCACAGUUGGACUGAAGAAUCUGAGUUUCAAGGAGAUAUUCAACCCAAAUGAGAGGACAUUCACCCAAAUAUGCAGUUACAUAGCAAACUUCUCAAUGUUUAGGGAUUCAAAGAAGGAUUUGUAUGAUAGGGCAUCUGAGAUAGCAGAAGGAAGCAUGAACAUCAAGAACGAGUUACAGGGGAACAAAAGUCGGAUGCUUAGGGAGAUAGAAGCAUUCAAAAAACAGAAGGAGGAGAAUGACGAAAGGGUAGACGGAAUCAGGGAGGAAAUAGGCGAAUUAGAGAAAGAAUACAAAGGGUUAAAACAGGAACAGAAGGACAGGCUGAGUGAAAUAGGCUUAUUGAAGAAAGAGAAGAUUGAUUUAAGUGACAAAAUAUGCACAUUGGAGAUGAUAGAGCACAAUUUGGCACAGGAUGUGAGCAAGUUGAAUAUGCAAAUAGUAUCUAAUCCAGAGGAGUUGUUGGGUCUGGUGCAGGAGAUGAGACUUCUUCUUGAUGCAGAGAAGAAGAAGCAUAAGGAAGUGCACAAAGAUAGAACAGGCAUGACAAACAAAUUAACAAAGAGCAUAAAAGCAUUAGAAAAGGUGAAGAAGAUUCAUUCGAUAGCAAUGAAACUACAGAAGAUUGAGGAGGAUACAGAUCGAGUUGAACAGAAUGAGUUUGUGAUUAAUUCACAAAUCAAGAGUCAUGAAAGCUCAAUCAAAAACAAGGAGAUUCGGAAGAACCACACUGUGAGACAAACAAAGCACCUACAAACCAAAAUUGAUGGCCUUGGGGCAAAAAGCAGCAAAUUCAAUGAAGAAAUCAGACAGAAGUUGGAGGCAAUCAAGGAGGAGCAUAGGCUGCUUUCUGAUCAGAAGGAAGAGAAGGAGAACAUCAAGAGACGCAACAAUGCUGAAAUACAGAAAUACAUGUUGAAGAAGUCUGUUCUGGAAGGGGAGUACACGAAAGAGUGCUGUGACCUGCUCGACCUGUUGAAUGAAAUCAAAAUUGCUGUUGAAAUCAACAAGCUCAACUGA